GUGCUGACGUACAGCGCGGCCCAGGCGGGGUACGAGUGGCGCAGUCGGAGCCCGCUGCGGCCCCUGAGGAAGCGAAGAGGCGUCGGCAGUGACCGAGGCGGGUCAAUCAGCGCGGCGCGGCGGCGGGAGCAGCAGUAGCGGCGGCUCCAGACCCCGAGCCACUCAGGAGCCCGGGUAGCGGCGGCGGGACCUCUUCCCUCGGAGAAGGCGGGCGGAGGCGGCGGCGGCGGUGGUGCCCCCCGGGCACGGGGCCAUGUACAACGGGAUCGGGCUGCCGACGCCCAGGGGCAGCGGCACCAACGGCUACGUCCAGCGCAACCUGUCCCUGGUGCGGGGUCGCCGCGGUGAGCGGCCUGACUACAAGGGCGAGGAGGAGCUGCGGCGCCUGGAGGCUGCCCUGGUGAAGCGGCCUAAUCCUGACAUCCUGGACCACGAGCGCAAGCGGCGCGUGGAGCUGCGAUGCCUCGAGCUGGAGGAGAUGAUGGAAGAGCAGGGGUACGAGGAGCAGCAAAUUCAGGAAAAAGUGGCGACCUUUCGACUCAUGUUGCUGGAGAAAGAUGUGAACCCUGGGGGCAAGGAGGAGGCCCAGGGGCAGAGGCCUGCUGUAACUGAGACUCACCAGUUAGCUGAAUUGAAUGAGAAAAAGAAUGAGCGACUCCGUGCUGCCUUUGGCAUCAGUGAUUCCUAUGUGGACGGCAGCUCUUUUGAUCCUCAGCGUCGAGCUCGAGAAGCUAAACAGCCAGCUCCAGAGCCUCCCAAACCUUACAGCCUUGUCCGAGAGUCCAGCAGUUCUCGCUCACCAACCCCAAAGCAAAAGAAGAAGAAAAAGAAGAAAGACAGGGGACGCAGAUCAGAGAGCAGCUCUCCUCGCCGGGAGAGGAAAAAGAGCUCCAAGAAGAAGAAGCACAGGUCUGAAUCUGAGUCCAAGAAGCGGAAGCACAGGUCCCCCACGCCAAAGAGCAAGCGUAAAUCUAAAGACAAGAAACGGAAGAGGUCUCGAAGUACAACCCCAGCCCCUAAGAGCCGCCGGGCUCACCGUUCCACGUCUGCUGACUCUGCAUCUUCUUCUGAUACGUCCCGCAGUCGGUCUCGAAGUACUGCAGCGAAGACCCAUAUAACUACUUUGACUGGGCGCAGCCCUUCCCCUGAGUCAGGGCGCCAAGGGGUGGGAGAGGCAUCUUGCAGGGACUUGGGUCCCACUCACACAGGCAGCCCAGAGCCCUCCAGGAAGCAGUCCGGCAGCCCCCAGGAAGACAGAGAAAAGAAGGAGAAAUCUGCAUCUCGACCUAGCCCCUCCCCGGAGAGGAGCAGCACUGGCCCAGAACCGCUCCUUGCUGAGCAACAUGGCAGCUCCCCACCUCCCCUUUCAGCAACCCCCUUAAGUCAGGAGCCAGUGAAACCCCCAGUUGAGGCCUCCCCAACCCGGGGCCGUUCACCACUUAAGUCUCCUGGGAAGCCUCCCCAGUCGUCUUCCUCGGAGAGCUGUCCACCAUCCCCUCAACCUACCAAAGUUUCUCGGCAUGCCAGCUCUUCCCCUGAAAGCCCGAAACCUGUGCCAGCUCCUGGGUCCCGCCGAGAGGUUUCAUCUUCUCCCACCUCCAAGAGUCGAUCCCAUGGCAGAGCAAAGCGGGAUAAAUCACAUUCGCCUACUCCUCCCCGUAGGAUGGGGAGGUCCCGUAGCCCAGUUGCCACCAAGAGGGGUCGAUCCCGAUCUCGAAGUCCUGCCAAGAAAGGCCAUUCUCGGUCUCGGUCCCCUCAGUGGCGUAGGUCUAGGUCUGCUCAGAGGUGGGGACGUUCUAGAAGCCCCCAGCGACGAGGCCGCUCUAGGUCUCCUCAGCGGCCAGGCUGGUCCCGGAGCAGAAAUGCUCAGAGAAGAGUAAGGUCUAGGUCAGCAAGGAGGGGCAGAUCACACUCUCGAUCUCCAAACACCAGGGGCAGGACUCGUUCUAGAACACCUGCCCGGCGGGGUAGGUCCCGGUCUAGAACACCUGCCAGGCGAAGAUCUCGAUCCAGAACCUCUAACAGACGGAGGUCCCGGUCUAGAACGCCAGCCCGGCGGGGGAGGUCUCGCUCUAGAACCCCAGCCAGACGGAGGUCUAGAACCCGGUCACCUGUACGGCGGAGGUCUCGUAGUAGAUCACUAGCCAGGAGAGGAGGCAGGUCACGCUCCAGAACCCCAGCCAGACGUGGCAGGUCACGCUCUAGAUCGCUAGCCAGGCGCAGCGGCAGGUCACGUUCUAGGACACCAGCCAGGAGAGGGAGAUCUCGGUCUAGGACACCAGCAAGACGAGGGAGGUCCCGUAGUAGAAGUCUAGGUAGGCGGGGACGAUCUCAUUCUCGAACCCCACAAAGAAGAGGCAGGUCUGGCUCAUCAUCAGAGCGAAAGACCAAAUCCAGAACAUCUCAGAGAAGGAGCAGGUCCAAUUCCAGCCCAGACGUGAACAAAUCUCGCGUUUCUUCACGACGUAGUAGGUCCCUUUCUUCACCCAGAGCCAAAGCAAAAUCUCGCUUGUCUUUGAGGCGAAGUCUUUCAGGGUCCUCUCCGUGCCCUAAACAGAAGUCUCAGACGCCACCUAGACGCAGCCGCUCGGGAUCAUCUCAGCCUAAAGCAAGAUCAAGAACCCCAUCAAGAGGAAGUUGUUCUGGCUCUCCACCUCCUAAACAGAAAUCUGGAACACCGCAAAGGCCAGGAUCCACAGCCAGUCCCCAGGAAAACGAACACUCUGCAGUAUCACAAAGGCGGAGUCGAUCUGGAUCAUCACCCCGCCUCACAGCAAAGUCUACACCCCCCAGGCGGAGCCGUUCCGGAUCACCACCGGACCCUGAGGGGCCAUUUUCUCCACUCAAAGCGAAGGUGGAAACAUCACCAAGUCGAAGCCACUCUGGCUCCUCUUCACCCAGUCCUAGUAGGGUGACUUCUAGAACACCGCCCAGGCAAAGCAGAUCAGAGUCUCCUUGUUCCAAGGGGCAGCCUAGAAUGUUGCCAAGGCAGAGCCAUUCGAGGCCCUCCUCACCAGAUGAUAGAGUGACACCUGGGACACCACCAAGACUCAGUCCCUCAGGGUCUACACCACCAGGCCCCAAAGUAAAGCCCCAAACUCCACUAAGGCAAUGUCUCUCUGCCUUAGAGUCACCAUGUCCUCAAGAAAAUGCUAAAGAUUCAACAGGACAAAGUAGUUUAGGCUCUUUACUGUGUUCAGGAGCAAAGUCUAGCCCACCGCCAGGCGAGAGCUCCUUUAUUAGCACCUCGUUGCUGCAACAGAAAGGACCGUCCCAAACUUCACCAGAUAACACAUCUGACACUUCAAGUCCAGAAGAAAGACAGGGUCUCUCUGAGUCACCAUCUCUACAGAGCAAGUCUCAAACACCUCCUGAGGGUGAUCAGUCCAGGUCCUCAUCUCCAGUGGCUGAUCUGACAUCCAGAUCGCCAGCAAGACAAAACAAGGGCGGGCUGUCUACAAGUCCUAGACUGAAAUCCGGCGUAUCUCCUGAGCAGAGGUCUCAAUCUGACUCCUCGCCACAUCCUGGGAUGGACUUUAAAUCUCUUUUGUGGCAAAGUAGAAUGGAGUUUUCUCCAGAACCAAAGGAGAAAGCGAGCUUAUCCUUUCAGGAGCACAUUCCAGCUUCAUCUAGACUGAGAGACCAGUUUAGUCCCCCUCCAGUGCAGGUUGGGCCCGAGUCCUCACCAGUGCCAGUGCUCGGAGGUACAUCAAGAACGCCUCUACCAAAGGAAACCAGUGGCUCUGGGCCACCUCCAAAUGUAAAAGGCCAGAAUAGUGUACUAACUAAACCCAACCAAGAGGAGUUGAUGGAGGUAGUUGAGAAACCUGAAGAACUUUCAAACCAGAUCCUGUCCUGCUUGUCACCAGAAGUGUCCGGAAGAAACUUAGAGUCUGUACCUGAAAUAGAAAAAAAUCUUGCUGUGUCUGUAUCUCUGGACCAAGGCCAGUUGCAGGCUUCUCUGGAAGCAGAGGUUCCUACAGUGACUUCAGCUGGGAGUGGGCCAGACUUUUCUCCAGAACAUAAAGAACUGUCUAACUCUCCGCUUCGGGAGAACCUCUUUGGGUCACAUAUAGAAUAUAGAAAUUCAGGCCUUAUUGCUACAGAAAUUAAUACUGAACUGUCUCCUGAAGCUAAUGAAGAUGUGAAGAGGCCUUGCCUGAAUCAAUUGGAGACAAACCCAUCUCAGGAUGGGAACGAGGACUCCACUAGACUCUCCAGGCACCACAGUUCUGGAUUAUCCCCAGAUGCGGCAGAGAGAACAGGAACAAGCGGCUCUUCCCCUGUGCUGGAUGUCAUACCCGGAACACCCUCAAGGGCAAGAAGCAGUUCUACAUCGUCUCCUGAGCCAAAAGAGGGCUUACCCAGGACCCCAUCACGGAGAAGCCGAUCUGGUUCUUCCCCCAGACUACGUGAUGCCUCUGGGACUCCCUCGAGGCACAGCCUGUCUGGGUCCUCCCCCGGAAUGAAAGAUGCACCGAGAACGCCAUCCAGGGGCAGGAGUGAGUGCGAUUCUUCUCCAGAACCAAAGGCUUUGCCUCAGACCCCCAGUCGGAGAAGCCGCUCUCCGUCAUCCCCAGAGCUCAACAACAAGUGUCUCACUCCCCAGAGGGCAAGGAGCGGGUCGGAAUCUUCCAUUGAACAGAAGACCUUGUCAAGGACUCCCCCCAGGCGACGAAGCCAGUCUGCAUCUUCUCAAGAGCUGGAUGGGAAGCCUAGCACCUCUCCUCAGGAACACAGUGAUUCGGACUCUUCUCCAGAUUCUAAAGCGAAGAUCCGAACUCCGCUCAGGCAGAGAGACUGCUCUGGCUCAUCCCCAGAGGUCGAGGGCAAAUCUCGGCCUUCUCCUCGGCGCAGCCGGUCUGGCUCGUCCCCUGAAAUUUCAGAGCAGCCCAGAGCGGCACCCAGGGCUCAGAGUGGCUCCGACUCCUCUCCUGAGCCCAAACCUCAAGCCUCUCGGGCACUUCCUAGACGCAGCCGAUCGGGUUCCUCUAGUAAGGGCCGAGGCCCUUCUGCUGAUGGAAGUAGCAGCUCGGAUUCAUCCCCAGAGCAUCCGCCCACCUCCAGAGCUGCUCGAAGAAGCUGCCGUUCCUCCCCAGAACUCAAGACCAAAUCUCGCACACCGCCUCGCCGGCGCAGCUCUCGCUCCUCCCCAGAGCUGACCAGGAAGGCCAGGAUUUCUCGAAGAAGCCGUUCUGCAUCUUCCUCACCAGAGACCCGCUCCCGUACCCCUCCAAGGCGCCGCAGGAGCCCCUCAGUAUCCUCCCCAGAGCCUGCCGAAAAGUCAAGGUCCUCACGUAGGCGGCGCUCCGCCUCCUCCCCACGUACCAAAACUGCUUCCAGGAGAGGCCGAUCUCCUUCACCAAAGCCUCGUGGACUCCAGCGGUCCCGUUCACGGUCAAGGAGGGAGAAAACCAGGACAACCAGGCGUCGUGAUAGAUCUGGGUCCUCACAGUCCACCUCACGAAGGAGACAGCGGAGUAGGUCAAGGUCUAGGGUUACUCGCCGCCGGAGGGGUGGCUCAGGUUACCACUCUAGGUCACCUGUCCGCCAGGAAAGUUCCCGAACCUCCUCCCGACGCCGGAGAGGCCGCUCUCGAACACCUCCAGCCAGUCGCAAACGUUCCCGAUCUCGCACUUCACCAGCCCCGUGGAAACGCUCGCGCUCUCCAGCUACUCACCGGCGGUCCAGGUCAAGAACGCCACUGAUCAGCCGACGUCGGUCCCGCUCACGCACCUCGCCAGUCAGUCGGAGGCGAUCAAGGUCCAGGACGUCAGUGACACGGCGCAGAUCCCGCUCUAGAGCAUCCCCAAUAAGCCGCCGGCGAUCCCGGUCCAGGACACCCCUGGUGACCCGUCGGCGAUCUCGGUCAAGAACACCAGCCACACGUCGGCGUUCCCGUUCCAGAACUCCACUGGUGACUCGCCGGAGGUCCAGGUCUCGGACCCCACCAGUGACCAGAAGGCGCUCGCGUAGCAGGACCUCGCCGGUCACUCGCAGAAGAUCUAGGUCCAGAACCUCCCCCAUUGCUCGUAGGCGAUCUCGGUCUCGCACGUCUCCAGUCACUCGAAGGCGGUCCCGCUCUAGAACCUCACCAGUGACGCGCCGCCGCUCCAGGUCCCGCACGCCUCCAGCCAUCCGCCGCCGCUCCAGGUCCCGCACACCACUGCUGCCUCGCAAACGUUCACGCAGCCGCUCACCGCUGGUUAUCCGACGCCGCUCCCGGUCCCGUACUCCGCGCACAACUCGCGGCAAACGGUCCUUGACCAGGUCUCCUCCGGCUAUCCGUAGGCGGUCUGCAUCUGGAAGUAGCUCUGAUAGGUCUAGGUCUGCCACUCCUCCAGCAACCAGAAAUCACUCAGGGUCGCGGACACCCCCCAUGGCGCUCAGCAGCUCCAGGAUGAGCUGCUUCAGCAGACCUAGCAUGUCACCGACCCCUCUUGACCGCUGCAGGUCCCCUGGGAUGCUGGAACCCCUGGGCAGCUCCCGGGCACCAAUGUCUGUCCUGCAGCAGGCAGGUGGUUCCCUGAUGGAUGGCCCAGGCCCUCGAAUGCCUGAUCAUCCGAGAGCCUCGUCUGUACCAGAAAACCAUGCUCAGUCCAGAAUCGCGCUCGCUUUGACAGCCAUCAGUCUCGGCACUGCUCGGCCACCUCCAUCCAUGUCUGCUGCCAGUCUAGCCGCCAGGAUGUCUCAGGUGCCUGCUCCGGUGCCUCUCAUGAGUCUCAGAACAGCCCCAGCUGCCAGCCUUGCCAGCAGAAUCCCCGCAGCCUCAGCAGCUGCCAUGAACCUGGCCAGCGCCAGAACACCUGCCAUUCCGACGGCUGUGAACCUGGCCGACUCACGCACACCCGCUGCGGCCGCCGCCAUGAGCCUAACCAGUCCUAGAACAGCCGGGGCCCCGUCGGCCGUGAGCCUGACUGAUCCGCGCACCCCGACGGCCUCAGCAGUGAACUUGGCAGGAGCCAGAACCCCGGCCGCUCUGGCAGCUCUGAGCCUUGCAGGCUCUGGCACAUCCCCAGCGGCUGCCAGCUACCCCUCCAGCUCCAGAACAGCCCAGGCUCCAGCCCCUGCAAACCUCGUGGGCCCUAGGUCCGCUCAUGCCACAGCGCCGGGGAAUCUUACCAGCUCGAGAGCCUCUGUGGCCCUAGCACCCUCCAGCCUAACCAGUGCUAGGAUGGCCCCAGCCCUGUCGGGGGCCAACCUCACCAGCCCCAGAGUACCCAUCUCUGCCUAUGAGCGUGUCGGCCGUGCUUCGCCCCCGCUCCUCGACCGAGCCAGGUCCCGCACACCACCCGGAGGCUCAGGCUCCAGAGCAUCCCCAUCAGCCCCCAGCCAGUCCCGAGGGCCCUGUGAGCGUGCGCUGUCUCCUGUCUCUCGAAUGGGCCAGCCUUCUCAAGCUCUCCUGCCUACCCAGGAGCGACCCAGGUCCCCUGGCCCACCAGCGUUCUCAGACCAGUCCCGUCCUCUGCCUGCCUCAGGAGCAGCAUCUCAGGCCCUCUUCUCUGGGGCAAAACCCUCAGCUGCUGGUGACCACAACGGCAUGCUCCUGGGGCCCACCCCUGGGCUCUUCCACCCUGAGGGUGGGGAGCCAACAGCCUCGGCCGGGGCACCACAGCCCCCUGCACUGGCCAGCCUGCAGCCCACCAAGGAACGGCGGAGCUCCUCUUCCUCAUCUUCAUCCUCCAGCUCUUCCUCUUCGUCCUCUUCUUCCUCCUCUUCCUCGUCCUCCUCCGGCUCCAGUUCUAGUGACUCAGAAGGCUCCAGCCUUCCCGCGCAGCCUGAGGUGGCUCUGAAGAGGGUCCCCAGCCCUGCCCCAGCCCCAAAGGAGGCAGUUCGAGAGGGCCGUCCCCAGGAGCCGACCCCGGCUAAGAGGAAGAGGCGCACCAGCAGUUCCAGCUCCAGCUCCAGCUCCAGCUCCAGCUCCUCCUCCUCCUCUUCUUCCUCCUCCUCCUCCUCCUCCUCCUCUUCUUCCUCCUCCUCUUCUUCCUCCUCCUCCUCCUCCUCCCCCACCUCCCCUGCUAAACCUGGCCCUCAGGCCUUGCCCAAACCUGCAAGCCCCAAGAAGGCACCCCCAGGCGAGCGGAGGUCCCGAAGCCCUCGGAAGCCAAUAGACUCUCUCCGGGACUCUCGGUCCCUUAGCUAUUCCCCUGCAGAGCGUCGCCGCCCCUCGCCUCAGCCCUCACCAAGGGACCAGCAGAGCAGCGAACGAGGUUCACGGAGAGGCCAGCGUGGAGACAGCCGCUCCCCAAGUCACAAGCGCAGGAGGGAGACACCCAGCCCCCGCCCGCCUCGCCACCGCUCCUCCAGGUCUCCGUAA